AUGCAGUCUAUCACUUCAAGGCCUGCUCAAGGACUAUACUCAAGCCUUACCACACCUUCGUCGUGCCAAUCACACUUCCCAAGUCAAUUCUUAAUACCAAAACCCCUAACAAUGGGCACUCUGAGCAACAUCCGCGAAAAGAUCAAAACCAAGCUGAGCAGCCACACCGAAGAGAAAGUUUCAAGCAAAGACACGCCCGGGGGUGACGGUGAUGGUGGAGAGGAUGCAGGCCAGGUGAAACAGGCGGAAAGCUCAACUUCUGGACAGGACACGGCGUUUGAGGGAAAGGGGAAGGAGAAUGUACCGCGCCGGAAACCAGCACUGGGGGAGAAGGACGAUGUCAAGAAAUAG